AUGCCAGGCAGACGCCGGGAUUGCGCCGCCCGCAAGGACCUGCCCAGUCCUUCCCCGGGUGUGCCAGGAGCGCAGUCCCGGCGCGUAGGGGCCACUUGGCCGGGUCUGUACGGGCAGAAUGAAAUCCUCGUCGCGGAGAAGGAAGGCCAAGGGGCUAGUCCUCCGAAAGGCAAAGGCCAGGAGGUUGGACUGAGCGCCUGGUGCCCCCAGGUGUGGGCUGGAGCAGCCCUCGGUCCCGGUGCGCUCUGGGCCGCGGCCUGGGGAAUCCUGCUGCUCGCAGCCCCCGCCGGGGCGCAGCGUGGCCGGAAGAAGGUCGUGCACGUGCUAGAGGGCGAGUCGGGCUCAGUGGUGGUGCAGACGGCGCCUGGGCAGGUGGUCAGCCACCGGGGUGGCACCAUCGUCUUGCCCUGCCGUUACCACUAUGAGGCAGCUGCCCACAGCCACGAAGGUGUCCGCCUCAAGUGGACCAAAGUAGUGGACCCGCUGGCCUUUACCGAUGUCUUCGUGGCACUGGGCCCCCAGCACCGGGCGUUUGGCAAUUACCGCGGGCGGGCUGAGCUGCAGGGUGAUGGUCCUGGGGAUGCCUCCUUGGUUCUCCGAAACGUCACGCUGCAGGACUAUGGACGCUAUGAGUGCGAGGUCACCAAUGAGCUGGAGGAUGACACUGGCAUGGUCAAGCUGGACCUGGAAGGUGUGGUGUUUCCUUACCACCCCCGUGGAGGCCGCUAUAAACUGACCUUCACAGAAGCGCAGCGCGCGUGCGCUGAGCAGGAUGGCAUCCUGGCGUCAGCCGAGCAGCUGCACGCGGCCUGGCGCGACGGCUUGGACUGGUGCAACGCAGGCUGGCUGCGCGACGGCUCGGUACAGUACCCGGUGAGCCAGCCCCGGGAGCCCUGCGGUGGGGCCGGGAGCGCCGGGGUAGGCGAAGGUGCCAACGGCGGCGUGCGCAACUAUGGCUACCGCCAUAACGCGGAGGAACGCUACGACGCCUUCUGCUUCACCUCCAACCUCCCAGGGCGUGUGUUCUUCCUGAAGCCGCUGCGGCCCUUGCCCUUCUCCGGAGCAGCGCGCGCCUGCGCAGCGCGCGGCGCGGCUGUGGCCAAGGUGGGGCAGCUGUUCGCCGCCUGGAAGCUGCAGCUGCUGGACCGCUGCACCGCAGGCUGGCUGGCGGACGGGAGUGCGCGCUACCCCAUCGUGAAUCCGCGCGCUACGCGUCGCCUUUUCGGCGUCUACUGCUACCGCGCACCCGGUGCGCCCGACCCCGCACCCGGCGGCUGGGGCUGGGGCUGGGCGGGAGGUGGUGGCUGGGCCGGAGGCGCGCGUGACCCUGCCGCCUGGAUCCCGCUGCGUGUCUAG